AUGACAUUGUCAGAGUUUGCGUUGCUCUCCAACCCUACAGCCAUCAAGGUCGUCAUUGUAGCAUGCAUUAUCACUGCUGUGUACUGGGUGCUCCGAAGGGCAUAUCCACGACCACUCUCGGGCAUCCCGUAUAACCACCAUGCGACCCAAACCAUUAUGGGAGACCUGGCCGAGCUCGGGGAGAGGCAGAAAGACAUCCAGGGAAUGCGGCCUUGGUUCCUCGAGCAGGCCCAUCGCCAUAACUCGGCCAUCACCCAGCUCUUCCUCGGACCGUUUUCGAAGCCUGCAAUCCUGCUCUCGGACUACCGCGAGGUCAAUGACAUUCUGAGUCACCGUGAUGCGGUUGAUUUCAAGCGAGGGAAGAAGGUGGAUGUAUUCAGUGGUCUCCUACCUCAUGCACACCCGGCUAUGGAAACUUUCGAUCCACGUUUCAGAGAGUCUCGUGAUCUCGUCCGAGACUUGAUGGCGCCGUCGUUUCUUAAUACCGUGAAUGCACCUCAUACCUACGUGGUGGCCUGCAACUUGCUGGAGCUAUGGCGACUCAAAUCCCGAUCCGCCAACGGACACCCCUUCGACGUCGUGAAUGACAUAGUCGAAUUUUCCUUCGACUCCAUCCUGAGUGCGGCAACUGGACUGGGCCCAGAAGGAGGAGAUAUCAAGCGGCAACUCUCAUACCUGCGCGACAUGGAAGAAGCCGGAACUGACAUCUCCCUGCCGGACAGUAUGAAUGACGAAGUGACGGUAUUCCCAUCCGCAGGGACAUCGGACAAACUGGCUGCCCUCACACUGAACGAAGAAUCUCUCUGGAAGGGCUUCUACAUGCCCUGGCCUCGUCUCUACCACGCCAUCAACAACCUGCGGCCCUCGGUCCGACAUUCAAGCCAGACGCUGAGAGGAUACAUUGAAUCCCAAAUCAAGAGGGCCAUUCCCCGAUUGACCAAGGACGGAAAGCCCGAAUGUGCUCUUGACUAUGUCAUCGCGCGCGAGAUCAAAGCCGCUGAAAAAACCGGCCGCAAGCCAGUGCUCGAUGACCCACGGAUCCGCGAUGAGAUCUGCGGAUACCUGAUAGCCGGCCACGACACAUCGACCGGGUCCCUGAUCUGGUUGAUGCGCCGACUUCUCUCCCACCCAGAGGAACAGACCAAGAUCCGGGAGAACCUGCGAGAGACAUACAGCGCGGCAUGGGCAGAGAAACGUCUGCCAACAGCGGCGGAAUUAAUCAAACACGCUCCCUACCUAGACGCCUUCUUAGAAGAGGUGCUGCGAGUGAACUGUCCCGUCGUGACGAUCAUGGUUCAGACGAGAAUGGAUACCGCCGUGUUGGGCUACGCUGUCCCCCGUGAUACCCAGGUAUUUUUGAACCUCACUGGCCCGUCGCUGAAUAUGCCGUCCGUGUCCGUCGACGAGAGCAGUCGCAGCAAGACAUCGCAGAUGCAUAAGCCGGCUCGCCAUGAUUGGGAUGACCUUGAUCCCAAGGCUUUUCUUCCUGAACGCUGGCUUAAGAGGGAUGCUGAGGGGAAGUUGGUCUUUAAUGCGGCCAGUGGUCCAACCCUUGCUUUUAGUGCAGGGAACCGAGGAUGCUGGGGGAAGCGUUUGGGACAGUUAGAAUUGAGAGUCGUUCUCACGAUUCUUAUCUGGUCGGCAAAGUUUGAUGUUCCCGAGAAGCUCGUUUCAUGGGAAACGUACGAUUCAUUGGUCACGGCGCCGAAGCAAUGUCUGAUGUCUAUGACGGAGAUUUAG